UAUAUUUUCCCACCUCUGACACUUCGAAAUUAAUUAAGAGUAAAUAAAUAGAAAAACAAAAACAAAAAACACAUAUUAUAUUUUAUAUAUCCAACGAAAACUGAGUUUCCAUCUCCCAAGGGUCUGAACAUUCCAUUCCAAUACCAUUACCAUUACCACCACCUCCACACCUCUCUAUUUUUCUCAAAAGGGCUCUUUGGAUUUCAACUCCAGGCAUUUCAUUUCCUUAUACUCCUCGCUGGCUAUUUGGAAGAGCUAGGUUAAGUUGGAUGAUUGUGAGUUAUGAGCAGAGCAAUGAGUAACAAAUCACUGGAUUUUGGGAAGCCUGCUUCAGGUAAAAAAAGAUUAAAAGAUUUAUUGCUUCAAAAAGAUAAUCGUUAUUGUGCUGAUUGUGGUGCCCCAGAUCCUAAAUGGGCGUCAGCAAAUAUUGGAGUUUUUAUAUGCUUGAAAUGUUGUGGUGUGCACAGGAGCCUUGGUACCCAUAUAUCAAAGGUUUUGUCUGUGACAUUGGAUGAGUGGUCUGAUGAUGAAAUUGAAUCGAUGGUUGAAGUCGGAGGAAAUUCUUCUGCUAAUGCAAUUUAUGAGGCCUUUGUCCCUGGAGGAUAUGAAAAGCCUGGGCCAGAUGCCAGUCAUGAGCUGCGUGCAAAAUUCAUCCGGGCUAAGUAUGAGCUUCAAGAAUUUUUGAAACCUAGCCUGCGGAUUGUGUCACUUCCUUCUGAGAAAGGCUCUCUCAAGUCAAGUUUUUCUAGAAAGCUUAUGGAUAGUUUUCGGUCAAAUUCUUCUCAUAAUUCGGAAGGAAUGGUAGAAUUUAUUGGACUAUUGAAGGUCAAAGUGAUAAAAGGCACAAAUUUAGCUAUCAGAGAUAUGAUGACAAGUGAUCCAUACGUUAUAUUGUCUCUUGGGCAGCAGACUGUUCAGACAACUAUAAUAAAGAGCAACUUGAAUCCAGUCUGGAAUGAGGAACUCAUGCUGUCUGUUCCUCAGCAUUUUGGACCCUUGAAGUUGCGGGUGUUUGAUCACGACACAUUUUCAUCUGAUGAUAUCAUGGGAGAAGCAGAGGUCGAUCUCCAGCCCCUGAUAACAUCUGCAAUAGCAUUUGGAGACGCAGGGAUGUUUGGAAACAUGCAGAUUGGAAAAUGGCUGAAAUCACAUGACAAUGCCCUUAAGGAUGAUAGCACCGUCAACAUUAUUGAUGGCAAGGUGAAACAGGCGGUGUCUCUUAAGCUUCAGAAUGUGGAAUGCGGAGAACUAGAUCUAGAACUAGAGUGGAUGCCACUUGAUCAAUAGGUACAUAUUUAUUCUUUUUUCUUCCCCAUUGCUUUUAAUAAAAAAUUUUGUAAUAUUGAUUUGUGUUACUCAAUAUGGAAUGAUACAGUACUCUGUCUUCUUUCACUUGUAUUUGUUCAUUUGAUUUUUUUUUUCUUCUUCUUUUUGCUAUCAAAUUUGUAUGAGUGACACAAAUCAGUACACACGACUUUGUAUAGGUUUGUCCGAACUUUGUAAGCCUCACAGGUGUAGCGGUCACGAAAACAUUGUGAAUAUAUAUCAUCCGCUUGGAACUUAAUAUUAAUACAACAAAAUGUAAAGCAGUGUGAGUUUAGUUGCU